CAGGCUCGGCUGCGCCUGGUUAGUGUCUCGGCCGCCUUCGUACCGCUCACUCGCUGCCCCGUCGCCUCGAGAGCGAGAACCGCCGACGCGUCGCACCGAGCGGACCCCUGCGGACUGCUCGGCCUCGCUCGGUCCCCGAGGAACGGGACCGAUCUCGAGCCCUCUCGGGGCAGCCUCCGAUUUCCUUCGAUUUCCCUCGAGUUUUCCCCGAGUUUCCCCGAGUUUCCCCGAAUUUACCUCGAACUUACCUCGGAUUUAUCUCGAUUCGGAUCCUCGGCUUUGUCGCCGGCGUGACACACUUGGACGCGACUUUCUCCGAAGUGCCGCAACCGCCUCGAGUCCCGUGACGCGCACCGCGGACUCGCCGCUGAUUCGUCCAGCCCUUGUAGCGCCGGUCACGUGGGCCCGGCUCGCCGACCAAUCAGCGCGCUCGCCGCGAUACCGCGAACCCCGACCGAUUCGAACCGCGAGGCGCCACUCUAGGUGUGCACCCGCAUACCACCGCCCGGUGAGCGCAGACUGCGAGGAAACAUGAGGGUGCACCGAGGAAUCUGCGCGAAGCUUCAGGCGGGCUUCCUGCGACGAUGGUGGGCAGCCGUGGCCGCGGGGGUGCUCCUGAUAAUCAUAGCAGCCAUCACGGCAGCCCUCUUCCCAAAAAUCGUAAAGCUGAUUAUUAAUAAGGAGAUCUCUCUAAGAGAAGGUGGACAGACCUUUCGCUGGUGGAGGGAACCACCGGUGACGCCGCACAUGCACAUCUACAUCUACAAUGUCACCAAUGCCGAUGAGUUCCUUAACAAUGGAGAAAAGCCGGCUCUCCAAGAGCUCGGACCCUACGUUUAUAAGGAACAUUGGGAGAAGGUUGAGGUUAAGUUCAACGGAAACGACACCAUCACCUACAAGCAGAGGAAGGAGUUCGUCUUCGCGCCGGAGCUCUCGGUAGGAUCCGAAGAGGACCUUGUGGUGGUCCCGAACAUCCCAAUGUUGUCUGCGACGAGUCAAUCUCGACAUGCUGCGAGGUUCCUGAGGUUGGCCAUGGCGUCGAUCAUGGACAUCCUGAAGAUCAAGCCCUUCGUCGAGGUGUCGGUCGGUCAGCUCCUCUGGGGGUACGAGGAUCCCCUUCUAAAGCUGGCCAAGGACGUGGUCCCGAAAGAGCAAAAGCUCCCCUACGAUCAGUUCGGCCUGAUGUACGGCAAGAAUGGCACCUCACAGGACAUCUACACCGUCUUCUCCGGCCAGGGAGAUAUCACCAAGUACGGGAUGCUGGAAAAGUGGAACGGCAAAAAGGGAUUAGGCCAUUGGACCACGCCUCAGUGCGACAGUGUCAUGGGAAGCGAUGGUAGCAUCUUUCCACCCCAUAUCACGAAGAACACGGUCCUGAAGGUCUUCGAAAAGGACCUCUGCAGGACGCUGCCGUUGGUCUUCAAGAAAGAGAUUAUGUCCUCCGGCAACGUUCCUGGGUAUAGAUUCGUGCCUCCCAUGGACGUUUUUUCGACGCCCGAUAAAGUGCCGUCGCAACAAUGUUUCUGUCCUGCAGGACCACCCUGUGCUCCCGAGGGAACCUUCAACGCGUCUCUUUGCCAGUACGAGUCUCCGAUUCUCCUCAGUUUCCCGCACUUUUACCUAGCUGAUCCGGCCCUACGAGAAGCGGUCACCGGAAUUUCGCCGCCUGAAGAGGAGAAGCACCAGCUUUACAUUGAUGUGCAACCAAUAACGGGCACAGCUCUUAGAGCUCGAGCUAGGAUUCAAAUUAAUCUCGCCGUGAGCCAAGUUCGAGACAUCAAACAAGUCGCCACCUUCCCCGACAUCGUCUUUCCAAUAAUGUGGUUCGAUGACACCGUGGACGAACUACCAUCGGGCGCAAGAACUCUUCUCAAGAUGGCGGUGGAAGUGCCUCCCUUGGCUCGUGCAAUAGUCUCAGGUGUGCUAGCAGCAAUCGGGGCGAUCGUCUUGGUGGGUGCUCUCAUUUGCCUGGCAAGAGCAGCCAAAAGACAAGAGAAACUCCACCUGAGCAGUCCUCUACCAGCGAAUGCCAUUAACAACAAGAGCGCCCUCGGUCCCGGUUUCCAAAGUUCAAUGGGUGGCAAGUAAUUUUGAAAAUGCCGCUAACGAUCGCAAAUCGAUCGCCCAAACGAGCCUCGAUUAGUCCGUCGAUCUUAUUUCCUGGUGCGUCCUUUCUUCCCGCGCCACACCUCCGCCAUUUUCCUCAGCAACCGGUCGAACCUCCUUCAGGGAAGGGCCAAGACUUUGACGAGGUUCCUGCGGAAAGACGCAGCGGAAUCUGUUUACCCACUUAACGUUUCCGCUGAAUCGGUCCUCUCGAGGCACUGCAUGGAAAAGUACUUCCCUACUCGCGUUGUUAGGGACGCCGAUUCGUUGCUAUGGCGCGUCACGCGGGCGCGUUGCUAGGGCAACGAGGACGCGUUGCUAUGGCGUCUAGGACGCGAUUCCCGUAGCAACGACGAUCCUCUCUACUUAUCCCUCCUAUGAAAUGUAUUACCAGGCUGCAAUCUACACUUCUUCAAGGUAUAUCUAAGAUGAGUUGAUCAAUUCCAAGAUUGCUUUUGGACAUAUUAUGAAGGGGUGCAUGAUUGCCAUCGAAGUGAGCAUUUCAAGUUCCCUUGCGAUCGAGAUUUCCGGUCUUACGGUUCUGCGGAAUUGAAUUUGUAACCAGACGCGGGGAAGUUACCGAUCGGACGUCCUGCCGUUGACUUGUAACCUGAAAAAUGUUUUACUUGCGGGAAAAUUGGAAAUGUACAUAACCUAUGCGGCGAAAAGAUCGAGGCGGAGGAACGACGAGGCGACAAUCGGAACAAACCGCGUUGACGCAGUUUUGUCGUAACUUAUCGCGCCUUGUAUGUGACUUCUCCUACUCGUCGCUCUCUCCUUCACCGUUCUCUCCGCUCCUUGGCCUCGUUUGCGAUUCGCAGGCGAAGUGCGAGAAUAUCGAGAGGCCGCCAGCGGUUUUCGAAAUUGAAUUCCGAGGCGUGGAACUCGACGCUAUCGAAAGUACUUAGCAAAGUAUAAAGGGAAAAAUCUAAGUAAAGUAAAAGAAGAAGAUUAACGACGAGGAGCGAAAGUGCUGUUAAAGAGUGUUUCACGUUAUUUUCUGUCGUCGUCCCCCGUGUGUGCAAUGAUAAGCAAGACUAAAGUGCGUUUUAAUUAUUCGACAGGAAUUUUCCGCUAAAAAUUAAUUUUCAUUUCAUCGUUUUUUUUUUUUGUAAUGAAAAUAGUAAAUUUUCUCAAGUUUCUCCCGAAAGCCUCCGAAAUUGUGACCUCGAAUUUCUCGGAUGACCUAGCACAAUGCCAAAUUAAGUGUCACGCUUUCACUGUCAGCAUAGUCGCAUCGCCGGCACGGAAUCCUUUCGACAUUCCGAAACGACGUGAAAAAGAUUUCCUGCGAUUUAACAUUUUCAUAUGCAUUCCUCUUGAUACUUCCUUUACGUAGUUCGACGUAUAAGUGCGAUAACCGAGCGAUGAAUAAUUCGAGAAAAAAUGUAUUCUCCCGAUGGAGGGAGAAGGUCGCUGAGCGGAAAGAGAAAUCGAAUUUGCGGGCUGAAUAAAUUCUGGAAAAAAAAUUCGACUCAUUCUAAACAUAACGAAUAAAUAAGUAGACAAAUAUAGGGAAUUAUGAUGGCAUGAAAUGAAGCUUACUGGCAAUGAGUCUCGUUGAGUAUUCAAAAGUAAGUCAUCAAACGUCGAUAGACUUUUAUAGCCUCUCGGCGAGUCACACAUCGUUGAAAUUCUAAUUUACACGUCACUUGUGCUAUUUUUUAUUCCGUUCUCGACAUAUUGGCUCGCGUUAUGUCACUCGCGGUGUUCGGUCUAAAACACUUGGCACGUCACCGUCUCUUCAAUUAGACGAUAUUACAUCGUUCAAGUAGGAAAUAAUUAGAGAUGGUAAGUCGAGCGCUCGGUGUGCAGAACUUAAUUGGAUUCUCCUUUACUGUUUCUUUUUUUAUUAAUUGUAAAUUUCCUUGUGAAUACGAUUUAUUGGUGACGAUUAAUUUAUGCGAUGUGGACGUCUUGUUUAAUGUCUCGCUUUUAUAAGCGAGGCGUCCUCUCCAAUUGGUGGAAAAGUAUAGUUUACUGGAAAUUUAAUUCCCCCGAUUGCGGUGUUUUAAAUAACGCUAAGAAAGAGAGAGAGAGGUGUUAUUAAUUAUAAGCACGUGUUGCACGUAAUUCGUUUUCGAUGGGACCCCCCGCGAAGAAUGCGGGGAAUGUAAUCGCUGAGUUUUACCUCGGCGAGUUGUUUUAUUUGCGGAAUUCUAGUAAUUGUUGUAAACGUUGGUGCAGUUAAAAUUAAUAUCAGAUUGUAAUCACCCUCCGUCUUACGAUUUCGUCCAGGAAAGGACUCGGGCUGAGCUCCGAAUUAAUUAUCCUCGAGCCAUUCAUUUUUAUCGUAGAAAUAGUUUUAACGUACGUAACAAUAAAGAAACUAUAACAUAUAUAUAUUCGAGGACAUUAAUGACAAGAAAAUUAUAGAAACAAUUUUCAAACCCGUCGAAUUAGAAGUAUCAGAAUUGCUUUUCAAUUUAAUCAUUUUUAAAAUGAUAACUGUAAUGGGUGCCUUAAACAAUUUAAAAUGUUAUCAGUGCCUUUGACACAAACAAUUUAAAAUGAUAACUGUAAUGGGUGCCUUAUACAAUUUAAAAUGUUAUCAGUGCCUUUGACAUAAACAACGUAAAUUCGGGGCUCAGCCUGCGUUCCAUUCCGAUUGUUGUAAUUAUCUCAAAAAGAUAUCAAUCGAUAUAAUGUCCAUUUGUAUAUGUUUUAUUACAAAUAUGCGUAGGACUAAGUCUACUAGGAAUUAGGUAAUGAUACUUUUGUACAAUAAAAAUCAAAAGAUGCCAAAUAGUUCUACGUAAAUGCGAGGACAGUCGCCUUUUUUUUUUUUCUUUACGCGAACCCUAUCCCCCUACACUGUUAAAAAUGUUUGUAAAUCUCGUACAAUUUAAGUAUACAAAUUUUUCCAGAAGUUACAAAUUUUAAAUAAUAAGUUAAAGUAGUAUGCAACUUUUGUGAGCGUACGAACGAGUUUCGAGUUUUGUAAGAUUUUAUGGAAAAUGUUUUAAACCGAUUGUAAGACAAUAUUAAAAACAUCUACGAGUAUAUUAUAAAAAAA